AAUGCAGCUGUGCAAGCAAGACUCUGCUGGGACUGAAGGAGCAGGAAAAGGUUCAUCUUCGAUUUGAAGAUAAAUUAACUUGGUUCAAAUGGUCGCGUAAGGCAAUUUAAACACCGCCUACCAGUGGAAAUCGAAACCUAUCUGAGUAAUAAAAGCGUAUUAUGUAGUAAUCUCCGCGCUUUUACGGCAGAAGAGCACAGGAAAAGUUCCCGCAGCUCCGAAACCCCCAGGCUCGGAUUUGGAAGAAUGUCUUUCUAUCAGCAGACACCUUACCACAACCCGGUGGUGCCUUUCACCGGCUCCAUCCAAGGUGGGCUGCAGGAGGGGAAGAUCAUCACCAUCACUGGCCGUGUGCAGCCUGGAGUGGACAGGUUCCACAUUAACUUGCAGUGUGGCUCCAAGCCCGGCGGUGACAUUGCUCUCCACAUUAACCCGCGGUACGAAAGUCACCCCAGUAUUGUGGUCACCAACACCCUCCAGUAUGGUCAGUGGGGAUCUGAAGAGAGGAAGCAAAACUCUCCAUUUGCAGUGGGCGCCACCUUCAGCCUCAUGAUCACAGUCAAGCCUGAUGCCUACCAGCUGAGCGUCAAUGGCGGCCACUUCAUGGACUACAGACAUCGGAUCCCGUACAACAUGGUGGACACAAUCUCAGUGUCAGGCAAAGUGGAGAUUUUCUCCAUCGCCUUCCAGAACGCAGCUAUGCCUGGAUUUCCUGCACAUCCAGGCUUUCCCCCGCAGCCAGGGUUCCCUUCUUUUCCAGGGUUCCCUGCACAGCCAGGGUUCCCCGCACAACCAGGGUUCCCAGCGCAACCAGGGUUCCCAGCGCAACCAGCGUUCCCAGCACAACCAGCAAUGCCAGCUGUUCCCUACAAGGGGAUCAUCAGUGGGGGACUUCAACCCGGCAGGACCAUCACAAUCCAGGGGCUGAUUAGUCCAAAUGCCACAAGGUUCCAUGUGAAUUUCAGUUUUCACUCUGGCAUUGCUUUUCAUUACAAUCCACGUUUCUCGGAGAACACUGUGGUGCGAAACUCGAAGCUGGGAGGGCAGUGGGGGGGUGAGGAGCGCGGUGGAGGAAUGCCCUUCCAUCGGGGACAGUCAUUCACGCUGACCAUUUGCUGUGAGGCUCAUUCCUACAGGGUUGUGGUCAAUGGGAAACAGAUUCAUAUGUUCAGACACCGUCACACCCACCUCCAACAGAUUGACAUCCUGGAGAUUGAAGGGGAUGUCAGUUUGACCUCUGUCCUAUUGUAGAGCCCUCCCUCGCUGGAGCUCCACGACCUGCAUCCUGUAUCAGUGAAGUCUUUAUAGAACUCACUGUUUCUCACCGCUUGAUCUGUUUUUAUAAGUAAUUAUGCCAUGGUGAUCCGUUACUUUGGACGCCUGACUUUGCUGUGAGAGCUCCAGUUUGUCCAUCUUGCAGUAAUUCCCGUCUUGAGAAUUUUAAUUGCUCAUGAUCCUGUGCAAACAAUGGCUAAUGAUGUAAUCAGAUGUGCUGAGUUAUUGAUCAUGUAUGUGUCGGUCAGUUUGGAUUUUAGGCUCUUCAGUAUGCUGCUGCCCAAUGCACUGCUUUUGACUGACAGAAGGAUUGUUUCAGUGUUUUGUGAAAUUAAAAUA